AUGGCGGAAAAGAUCGCCAACAAGUCCGAGAUCGAGGAUGUUCCCGUCGACGUCGCGCCAGACACGCACGAGGUCGCCAGCCUGAGUAUCAAAGGCGAGGCCCAGGAGAUCGAUCGGGCUCUCGAAAAGAAAGUGCUGCUGAAGACCGAUCUCAAUCUUGUUCCCAUCCUCUUCCUCCUCUUUCUCUGCGCUUUUAUCGACCGAAUCAAUAUCGGCAAUGCUCGCAUCCAGGGCUUGGAGAAAGACCUCAACAUGGCCGGUCAGGACUACAACAUCGCGCUGUUCAUGUUCUUCAUCUUGUACAUCCUCCUGGAAGUGCCCUGCAACCUCAUCCUGAAAAGAGUGCGCCCGUCCAUCUUCAUCUCGUCCAUCAUGCUGGGCUGGGGAAUUGUCACCGUCUGCCAGGGGGUCACGCAAUCAUUUGCCGGCCUGGUUGUUUGUCGCGUCAUCAUCGGCGCAUUGGAGGCUGGAUUCUUCCCUGGGUGCCUCUAUUUGAUCUCAAUGUUCUAUAAGCGCCACGAACUGCAAUGGAGAUUCAAUCUCUUCUUCUCAGCCUCGAUCGUGGCGGGCGCUUUCAGUGGCCUUCUCGCGUACGCUAUUGCUCACAUGGAUGGGAUCGCGGGAUACAGUGGUUGGAGAUGGAUUUUCAUUCUCGAAGGACUCUUUACCGCUGUGGUUGCUUUCGCUUCAUUCUGGAUCGUCCCAGACUGGCCCGAGACUGCAAAGUUCCUCAAGCCUGCCGAGCGAGAACUCCUCAUCCGUCGACUGGCGAUGGAUGUUGAAGGCGCCAAUAUGAGCCACUGGAACAAGAAGGCCGCCAAACGCGUCUUCAGCGACGUCAAGAUCUAUCUAGGCAUUGCAAUGUAUCUCGGCAUUGUCACCACCAGCUACAGUGGCGCGUUCUUUACUCCGACCAUCCUCAAGCAGCUCGGCUGGACCUCAAUCCGCGCCCAGGUCAUGUCUAUCCCUAUCUUCGUCGUGGCCACCGUGUGUGCUUUGACGUGUGCCGUUGCAAGCGACAAGCUUCGCCAUCGCUUUGGAUUCAUCCUGGCUGGCUGUCUUGUGGCAACCAUUGGCUAUGCAAUCUUAUUGAACAUGCACCAUGUCAGUGUGGGAGUCAGAUAUUUCGCCUUGUUCGCCAUCGUCAGUGGUGGAUAUAUUGCUCAGCCAAUUACUCUGGUGUGGCUGAACAACAACGUCUCCGGCCACUACAAGCGUAGUGUCAGUGCCGCAAUGAUGGUCGGGUUUGGCAACUGUGGCGGCAUCAUUGCAUCAAAUAUGUUCGUCACCAGUCAGGCACCCGAUUACCCGCUCGGAUACGGUUUGGGGCUGGGACUGGUCUGGCUAUGUGUUCUGAGUGCGGUGAUUUUUCUCUUCUAUAUCAGGAAGGAGAACAGAUUGAGAGACCAAGGCCGACGCGACGACAGGUAUAACCUGCCAGACGACGAAAAGAACAACCUCGGGGACGACCAUCCAGGAUUCCGCUUCACUUAUUGA